UGGUGGAACUCAUCGAAGGCGCUCUGUUUGUUCAAAAUGGCUGAGGUUGUGGAGCUCCAGAAGCUGAAGUUGGCGGAGUUGAAGCAGGAGUGUGCAGCGCGAGGUCUCGAGGUCAAGGGCAAUAAAGGAGACCUCAUUGCCAGGUUGCAGGCAUAUCUGGAGGAACAUGUGGAUCUUCAGAAUUCAGGUGAUGAGGAGGUGAAUGAGGAAGAGGUGUUGGGAGAGGAACCUGAGGAAUUGACUAAAGUAGUAGAAGAGGCUAUUGUUCAGAAGGAAGUGAAGAAACAAGCACCUCCACCUGCACCAGUGCCUGAGAAGAAGGUUGUGAAAAUCACCCCACCGAUAUCUCUUGAUGAGAGGCUGCAGAAGAGAGCCGAGCGUUUUAAUGUGCCUCCCUCUACUGAUGCUAAGAAGGCAAUCCGUGCUGCCAGGUUUGGUAUACCAGUUUCUCCACCCAACUCCACACAAGGUUCUAUGAACAACAAACCAGGUGUGAAUGUUGACGUUCUGAAAAAAAGAGCGCAACGAUUUGGAAUGAACGUAUCUUCGCUUUCCAAGAAGGUUGAAGAAGACGAAAAGCUGAAAAAAAGGAAGGAACGGUUUGGAAUUAUCACCAGUGCUGCAGCUGCAAUAGAUGACACAGAGGCAAAGAAGAGGAAGCGAGCGGAGCGUUUUGGAAAUGUGUGAAAUUGCAAUAUUUUUUUUUAUUUACACCUUUGGUUUUGUAUCUUAAACUUGUUACUGUGUUUCACAAAUCAGUUCAUGAAAAUUAAAAAGUCAUACUUUUACGUUGAAAAUUAAACAUGUAACAAUUUGUAAAUUAAAAGUGAAUUCAGUUUUUAAGAAUUUCAGUACCUUGAUACUCUUGGCUUUCCUUGGACUGCAAU